GAUUUCCCCUCCAAUUCACGUGCUCAACUUCAGACUUAAGUUCAUCACAUGUUGCCUCCAAAUCCAACAGCGGAAACCUUAUUUUUCCCAUAUUGUGCACACUUCAAACCACAGUUCCUCAAUUGUGCGCAGUGCAACAAACUCGCAAGCUUGCGCGAAUCCACGUCCAGCCUAUCAACUCGCGUUAGCUCCCGCCAAGGGCUGCUCCUAUCCCCAAAGCUUCCAGCCACCAUUCUAGGUGGCUACCUCACACGCCGUGCUCGGCACAGGCGUCCCCUCUUCCGACAUGGCCGGUUCUGUCCCUAUUGCUCGCUCUUUGAGCGACAUUUACACCCCGGAUGCGUUGCCGACGCAGGCCAAGCGAUGGAACAACCUUCUGGCCAAGUUUGAGGAGGUUUACGGGCAUCCGGCCGAGUUCAUCUCACGAUCCCCGGGUCGGGUCAAUAUCAUUGGCGAACACAUCGACUACUCACUGUACUCGGUACUCCCUAUGGCCAUCACCGCCGAUGCGCUGCUCGUGGUCUCCACUGCCCUCACCCCGACCACGCCUGGAACAUUUAAGGUACAGAUCGCCAACGUGCAAGACUCCAAAUUCCCCUCGCGCGAGUUCGAUAUUCCCUACGAGACUGUGGACAUCGAUGCCACUGUGCAUGAGUGGACCAACUACUUCAAGUCUGGCCUGCGAGGCGCUCUCGAGCACUUGCGCAGGAAGCGCGGGGCAGACUUCAAACCCAGUAGCAUGAAGAUCCUGAUGGACGGCACUGUUCCUGCUGGUGGCGGUUUAAGCUCGAGCGCGGCGUUCGUCAGCGCCAGCGCAUUGGCAAUCAUGGUUGCGAAUGGCGAACACACCGUUAACAAGACCGAGUUAACCGAGCUGGCUAUCGUGAGCGAGCGCGCUGUGGGUGUGAACUCAGGGGGGAUGGAUCAGUCUGCUUCGGUCUUCUCCGAGCGCGGCUCCGCGCUCUUCGUUUCGUUCGCGCCUUCCCUCAAGGCUCGGCCUGUCUACUUCCCCAAGACCAACCCGGAGUUGACCUUCCUUGUGGCCCAGUCUUUCGUCACUUCAGACAAGUUCGUCACGGGCCCGAUCCAUUACAACUUGCGCGUGGUCGAGUGCAGCCUGGCCGCUGCCUACCUCAACGCAGUGCUUAACCCCCCUGGCACCCAGCUUCCUCCUGAUGCUGCACCGCUGGGUAUCAGUCUCCAUGGCUUCCAUGAAACGUACUUCGCCCUCCGGGAACACGGCGCCGGUGCCACCUCGAGCAAGCCCGUGCCCGACCAGCUCGACGAGCUGAUUACCCUCACCAAGCAGACCCUAACCCAAGUUGAGGGUUACACGCGAGAAGAGAUCGCCAGCGUGCUCAACAUCUCGGUGGACGAGCUCAACGCCAGGUUCACGUCCCGGUUUCCUGUCCGCGCCGAGCGCUUCAAGCUGCGCCAGCGUGCGCUGCACGUCUUCUCCGAGGCACUCCGGGUCCUGAAGUUCAUGGCCCUGCUCGAGACCGGCCCGUCUGGAGACGACACCGCUUCGUAUAACAGUCAGCUGGGUGCGCUCCUCAACGAAACUCAAACGUCCUGCCGCGACGUGUACGAGUGCAGCUGCGAGGAGAUUGAUACUCUCUGUGCUAUCGCGCGGAAGGCGGGCAGCUACGGCAGCCGUCUGACCGGUGCCGGCUGGGGUGGGUGCAGCGUGCAUCUCGUGCCGGCGGACAAAGUUGCAGAGGUGCGAGAUGCGUGGGAUAGAGAGUACUACAGCAAGCUCAACCUUACUGAGGACCAGAAGGAGGCCGCUGUGGUGGUUAGUCGGCCAGGCAAUGGGAGCGCCGUUUGUUUCGUAAAGGAUUUGGUCAUUUAAACCAAAGAGCUGGUAUUACGCUUGCGAAGACACAGGCAUAGCUAGGUUUGGCUGCAUAUAGUCACUUGGCAUUCUAGCUUGCAACAUGCUUUUCCAGAGUCCUUCUUCAUUCUUAUCCUCGUUUGGUUCUCAGUUGUAAUGGCGCCUAUGCCACUGCGAAAGAGCAUGUUGGAGAACCCAACUGUUGAGUCAAUCGCUACAUUACUUCACAGUUAAAGCACUUGCAGAUACAGAUGCAAAGCAACACAAUAGUUAGAAAUUAUAGUAGUAAGAUGUCACAAGCUAGAGCAUAUGUAGCUCUGCAUGCCACUCCUUGCGCUCGGGGGGCAUAUAUUAGCCCUGCCUACACAUAUAUAUAGACUUAGAUGCUCC